ACCGAUUUCAAAUCGGAACAGUCUGGACUUCUGACCUGAAGGCCGUCUUUAAGAUUUGCUCAUCUCUCAACAUCAGCAAACUUGUGUUGGGGUUUGAAUACGACUAGAGGAUGAUCCUCUUGUCUGCCGCCGAGUAUUCCAAAACCUUUUGGGCCAACAACAACAAAGAACUCCCCCUCCGGCGUUACCGGCCCCACCUCUCGGGCCAAAAUCCGCUAAUCUCCACCUUUCGACCACCCUCCGACCAUGUCGAGCACCACCAUGGCGUCUGUAAAGAGCAGUGGCAUCGUAAAAGCAAAGUCUGGAUCGAAAGUAGACACCAGCUUCCGUAAACGUAAAAGCCAUACCAAAUCCCGUAGCGGGUGCGUCAACUGCAAACUCCGCCACAUCAAGUGUGACGAAUCAAAGCCGAUAUGCAACAACUGCACCAGCUUCCGUGUAUCGUGCACAUAUGACCGCACCCUCAAGUCAUCCGAGGCACUCGCUCUUCAGCCAUGGUCAGAGCAGGUGUUUCCGUUGCUCAACGCCAGAGAGACUCAUCUAAUAUAUGCAUCUCUCGCCAGCUUGUCGCUGAACCGUCAGGUGUUGACCAUGCUCAACGACCACAUUCGGGAAUCCGAUCCGCAGGCUGUGAAGAAUGGCUUUCUGUUCAAGGAUCAGCAUUUGAGAUAUCUGAAUCAGUUCCAUGAGAAGACCAUCUUGUCGCUCAAGAUGAACCACAAACUGGAUCUGUACCGCAGGGAGAGUGUCAGAUUGGCCAUUCGGGAACCCUUCCUCCUCCACCUCGUCCUCGCCGUAACCCUCAUGCACGAACGCCUCGCCGCCUCCCCCCUCACCACCGAGCCCCCUUCCAUCCAAGAGCUCUACCACCACGCCACCGGCUCCUCCCAGCUCAACCAGCUUCUAUCCAGCCACCCCUCCCAACUCAGCCGCGUGCAAAAAGACGCCAUGUUCAUGGGCACCAUCCUCCUCGCAUGCACCUCCUUCGCCCAGCUCGACGCUUCCCUCCCCCUAGCCUCCCACUGGCCUUUCGUUUCCUCCCCUCACGACCUCGACUGGCUCAAGAUUUGCUCGGGAAAGCGCGUCAUCCAAAAGCUAGCCGAUACUCACGCUGCUGAUUCCGCGCUGAGGGAUAUCUCCUACGAGUUUGUCCUUUCCGGUCCCGCCGCGAGGGUAGAACUCCUUCCCGAGGAAGACGCGAUUGCCCGGCUCCCGGAGCCGUUGAGGAGGCUGUUGAGGUUGGAUCACGCGGGUGUGUCGGCCAAGACGAACGCGUAUUAUGACGCUGGGGUGGUGGUGGGGAGGGUUCUGCCGUUGGAGAUAAGCGAGGAUAACCUGCUUGUGUCUUUGGUGCUGGUAAGUUUUCUGCCGGUCAGGUUCAGGGAGAUGCUGGAGGAAAAGGACGCAAAGGCGCUGCUGUUGUUUGCGUGGUAUCAUGCCAAGAUUGGGCAGUUUGGGAGGUGGUGGGUUUGGAGGAGGGCGGUGACUGAGGGGAGGGCUAUUUUGGCUUAUUUGGAGAGGUACUAUGGGGGAACGGUGGGUGGGGAUGAGGAACUGUUGGGGUAUCCGAAGAAGUGGUGUGGGAUGGAGGUGAUGGUGAAUGAGGGGAUGACUUGA